AAAUAAUACCACGUUUAUAUUGGUAUUGUUUCAACGCUUGUUGACACUUUUUAAAAGUUUUGUUUAAACAUAAUUUAUUUAGGUAGUACGGUUGAGGUUAACUACGCGGGAAAGAAGAAGAUAUGUAAUGUAUAAUUAAAAAAAAAAGGUUUGAUUUGGUUAAUGGCUUAAUGCUGUUGUCAACGACGACGACGUGUUCCCCUCUUAUGUUUCUCCCUUCCUCUCUCUCUCUCUAAUCUCUAUAUUACAACUUCAUUUCCCUUUUCUCUUCUCCCACAUUUCUUAUCUCUGUCUCUAGUCUCUAGAUCUUGAUAUUUUCCUACUUGCUUUUUUUUAUCUCAACAAUGGCGACGGAAAAUAAAGGGAAGCCAUUACCAAAGUUUGGUGAAUGGGAUGUGAACAAUCCCGCAUCAGCAGAAGGAUUCACUGUCAUUUUCAGCAAAGCUAGUGAUGAGAAGAAGACCAAGAAAGCAUCCGGCGCUGGCCCUAACAGUAUGGCUACACCUCAGAGAAACCAAAACUCUGAUCAAAACAAUCACAAUGAUUCCCAAAACCCAAAAGCUAAGAAUAAAUGGUUUUGCUUCCGUUAAAUCCUGCCAUCUUCUGAAGAAUCCGAGAAGGCGUAGCGAAGCUGAAGAAUUGUUAGCAGAGAGAUGAUCUCAAACAAAGUGAAACAAAAGGGUUAAAGACCAUUACAUCUCAGCUUUCUUCUUCUGUCAUCUGCUGAUAUAUUAUACUUGUUCAGUAUACUUUUUUGUUCCUUUCUUUUUAUUUGCCUUGCCAACAUUUUGCCCCACAAUGGAUAUAAAUUGUAUCUUCUGACUCCAUCCACGAACUUGGUUUCUGAUGGAAAUAAGAUUAUGAGACAAUAGUCCUUCUCAGACAUAUAAUGUUAUUCUUCAUAUCAAUGAAACAAGAUUAUAAUAAGCCAUCUGUACAGCCUUCCAAUA